AUGCAGCUAAUAUCUACUUCGAGUCGUAUGUUCACGCGCCAAAUUUUGCGCUCGCUUCCAAUUAGGAGAAUACACCGUCUAUCUUACCACAGAGCUUUUAGGAGCUAUUUUAUCAAACCACCUGUGAGAAAGGGUCUUUUAUUAGCAGGAACAAUCAGUCUUAGCCCGGCCACAUUUAUUCAGAUUUCGGAGGAAGAGAACAAUGGUACAAAUGAAACUGCUGAGGGGCGCAUGCUGGCAGCAUCACUAGAGGAAAUCCAAGAAAAAUUUAAAGAUGACCCAAGCAGAUGGCAAUGGCUUAAAAAAAAUGCAGUGAUGAUCGUAAAUAUAUACUUAUGGGAGCCAUUAUGCACUGGUUUAAGAUUCCUUCACUUGAUUACAAUUUUCGUACCAAUAAUUAUCGCAGUGCCAGUAUUAUGGUGCGGGAAAGCUGGUGAGAACUGGUGGUUCACUUUUCUGGUGAAAGGAAUGGAAAAAGCUGGACCAGCAUUUAUUAAACUAGGACAAUGGGCAGCUUCAAGAUCUGAUAUAUUUCCCUCAAGAUUGUGUGAGAUAAUGUCUCAAUUGCAUUCAAAUGCACCAGCACAUUCUCUUCUCGAGACACGAAAAAUCAUAUCACAGGCAUUCGGCGGCAGAUCCUUCGAAGAGAUCUUUGAAGUUUUUGAAGAAAAACCACUAGGUGUUGGUGCUAUAGCACAGGUCUAUAAAGCAAGAUUGAAACCCGAUCUGGCUUUACUCAAUGAUUCUGAUAUACAAGAAGAGAAAACUUUGAGAACUAGUGUUCGGAAGAAUGUUGAUACUUUGAUGAAGAGUAGUCCUCAACGAGUGCCGUCCUCGUACGUUGCAAUCAAGGUAUUACACCCAGGUGUGGAGAGAAUCGUCAGAAGAGAUUUGAGAAUCAUGGGAUUCUUCGCUGCUCUUCUGAAUAUUAUACCUAACAUGGAAUGGUUAUCACUGCCUGAUGAAGUCGAACAAUUUGGUGAAAUGAUGAGACUACAGCUUGAUCUCCGUAUAGAAGCAGCCAAUCUCACUAAAUUCAGAAAAAACUUUAAGGAAAGGACUACUGCCUGGUUUCCUUAUCCUUAUCUACAGUUUACGACUCGAAAAGUUCUUGUCGAAGAAUAUGCUCAAGGAAUUGCUUUGUCGGAUUUUAUAGAAAAUGGUGGUGGUGUAUUUCAGCAAGAAAUAGCUGAUGAGGGUUUAGAUGCUUUUUUAAGGAUGCUUCUGAUAGACAAUUUCGUACAUGCGGAUCUUCAUCCAGGGAACAUAAUGGUUCGCUUUUACGAAUCCGGGAAACCUCGUCUGUUAUUUCUUUCUCAGGAGGAAGAAAAUCUUUCCUGUAAUCCUGACGUAACUGAACAAGCUCUUGCACGUUUAAGACCAUAUCGACAAAAGAAACAUAAAGCAUUGUGGGAAGCAGAACUUUUAAAGCUACAUGACGAGGGAUUCUGCCCCCAGCUCAUCUUUAUUGAUACUGGGCUUGUUACUCAAUUAAAUGCUACAAAUCGGAAAAAUUUUCUUGACCUUUUCAAAGCCGUUGCCAUGUUUGAUGGAUAUAGGGCGGGUCAUUUGAUGUGUGCACGUUGCCGCCAGCCCGAUGCCGUCAUUGACGAGGAGAUUUUCGCACUGAAAAUGCAGCACCUUAUUCUCGGCGUGAAAAGUUGCACACUAGCGUUAAGUAACGUGAAGAUUGGAGAUAUCUUGAAUGAUGUGUUGAGUAUGGUACGAAGCCACCAUGUCAGGAUGGAAGGAGACUUUGUCAAUGUUGUAAUAAGCAUUCUUCUACUGGAAGGUAUUGGUAGAAUCCUAAAUCCAGAUAUUGAUCUCUUGUCUACCGCAUUGCCUAUAUUAAGACAACUAGGCUCCCAGAGUGGUAGUGGAAUAAUAAGACAGGGCGACUUUUCCAUGCUCAAGAUCUGGGCUGGGCUAGAAGCUCGAAAGUUCUUGCAAAAUUCUAUUGAUGAUAUUGAAAGUUGCGUAAAAUACGAUCGACUUUCACCCAAUGUAUAA